AAUUUCAUUAUGCCCUAAACCUCAUAAACAUAGUAGCAAUACAAAACAUAAGUUAGCUCUACUUUGUCAUGGAUUCAAAGAGAUACUUAGUUACUCUCUUUUUGUUCUUCAACAUUCUUUUCUUUAACCUUGUAAGUGGUUGCUGGACUGGUUGUCCCAAUCCACCAAUUCCUAAACCAAACCCUAACCCUAACCCUUACCCGAACCCGAACCCAAGCCCAUCCAAGGGACAUUGCCCUAGGGAUGCCCUAAAACUAGGUGUAUGUGCCAACGUGUUGAACGGUCCGGUCGGAGCGGUCAUUGGGACCCCACCCGACCCGCAUUGUUGUAUGGUAUUAGGUGGACUUUUGGAUCUUGAAGCUGCUAUUUGUCUUUGCACUGCAUUGAAAGCUAAUAUUCUUGGAAUUAACAUUAAUAUUCCAAUUGCACUAAGCUUGCUUAUUAAUACUUGUGGAAAAACACUCCCAUCUGAUUUCAUUUGUGCCUAAUAAGCUACAAAUGUUUCUCUUUU